AUGCCAUUCCAUCUACGCAGUAAACUAGCCAACGUGUUCCAUACAUCGUCCCACGGCGGGCCGGACAGGCAGGUGCAAGUGGCCUACUUCCCUAAUUGGUCGAUCUACCAGAAAGGCUACAAGCCCGAGCAUGUGCCGGUCCAGCACUUGACGCACAUUCUGUACGCGUUUGCCAACAUCAAAGACAGUGGUGAGGUAGUAUUGUCAGAUGAAUGGGCUGAUCGUCAGAUCAAGUACGAUGGCGAUCAAGAGCACGAUGGGGCUAUGUUUGGCAAUUUGAACCAGUUUCUUCAGCUCAAGAAACAGCACAGGCACCUAAAGACGCUGCUAUCCAUUGGUGGCUGGUCGUAUUCAGGCAGCUUCUGUGGCAUGAAUGACGCAGCCAAGCGUCAGACAUUCAUCGAAUCUGCCGUCAAGCUCCUGGCAGACUGUGGCUUUGACGGCCUUGAUAUUGACUGGGAGUACCCCCAGUCCGACAUGGAAGCGCAAGCGUACGUCCAGCUUCUGUCAGGGCUGCGACGCGCCCUUGACGAAUACGGUCAGCGUGCUACCCCGAAUGAUCCUCACUACCUUCUGACGAUCGCAGCACCAUGCUCGCCACAGAAGUAUCAAAUCCUCAAGCUGAAGGAUAUGGAUAAGUAUCUUGAUUUUUGGAAUCUGAUGGCGUACGACUUCAGUGGUAGCUGGGACCAGGUGGCGAAUCAUCAGGCGAAUCUCUAUGGUGGGGCAAUUUCCGUGUCGAAAGCCGUGGAUGACUACAAACAUAGAGGCGUGCCGCUCAACAAGAUGGUCCUGGGCAUUCCCGCAUAUGGCCGUGGCUUUGUCGGUACAGGCGGCCCAGGUCAGCCAUAUCGCCACGCAAGUGAAACAGAAGGUGGCACGUACCUGUACAAAAAUCUUCCGCGUCAGAAUGCGCAAGAGCAUUUCGAUAAGCGCGCCGGCGCAUCAUGGUCUCAUGACGGCAACGAGUUGAUUUCGUACGACUCGCCCGAGGCAGUGCAUGCCAAGGCCGAGUAUAUAAAAAACAAGGGUAUGCUGGGUGCCAUGUUCUGGGAGUUGAGCGGCGAUGUGCCGGCCGACCAGGAUCGUUCGCUCGUGCGUACGAUGGCCCUUGCACUGGGUGAUCUGGAUCAAAGCCAAAACCACAUUGCCUACCCUGAGAGUGUGCAUCCCAACGUGCGCGCCUAG